CACGCUCGUGCAGAUCGGCUGCUGAUUAUUGCCAAAUCGAAAAGUGGUCCUCCGGUCUUGUCCGUCGCAUCGCCGAUCUCCGAGCACUCCAGUCAUUGGCGCAAUUCAUACUAUAGCCCACCAUUCUGUACCUCCGAUUGUUUGGUAGGAAUUUAACUCUGAAACAAUGGAACGGAUCACCAGUUUCCUGUCGUUACUUGGAGAAGAGGUAGAAGAUGCCGAAGAGGAAGCCUUCUACCUUUUCGCACAAGACAUCCCAUCCUCCAACUUAGGCUUCGUCGACUCGCGCGCCACGACCGUCGACCUCACAGUCAACAACCAGGACUACACCAUCCAUCAAUCGCCCACGUUACUCUCCUCGACCCGUGCAGGGGGCACAACAGGCGCAGUCCUCUGGAAAAUCACCCCGCUCUUCUCCGAAUGGCUAUCCUCCGCGACCAACCCCCUCUGGACCCAAUCCCUCCUCUCCGCCGCCUCCACCGUCGUCGAACUCGGCUGCGGCAUCUCCGGGCUGAAUGCCCUCACCCUCGCGCCCAAGGUCCACCACUACAUCGCGACAGACCAGGAAUACGUCCACCGGCUCUUCCGUCAAAACAUCGAGACCAACCACCAGCCCUCAGCCUCAACCAGAUCCUCCAAGUCUCGUAAACAGCAGCAGCAGCAGCAGCAGCAGCCCAAACGCAGCAAACCCAAACAGCAACAGCAACAACAACACGCCUCACAGCAAUCAACAUCAUCACCGAACAUCACCUUCACCUCCCUGGAUUGGGAAACCGACGUCGCAGGCUCGCUGAAGGCCAGCGUCGGAUUGGAGAACCCUGACCCUGGUUCCGACGACGAUGAACAAGAAAUCGAUCGAGGCUUCGAUCUCCUGGUAUCCUGCGACUGUAUCUACAACGAUGCGCUCGUGGCACCAUUCGUGCGCACGUGCGCCGAUAUCUGUCGGUUGAGGCCGGUGUAUACCACAGAUAGUUAUGGGGCGAGGAGCCGAACGCCGACGAUCUGCCUCAUCGCGCAGCAGCAGCGGUCGCCGGAGGUGUUUGAGGCUUGGUUGCAGGAGACGUUGAAGGUUUUUCGCGUCUGGCGGGUCGGUGAUGAUGUGCUUGGGGAGGCGUUAAAGUCCGGGAGGGGGUAUUUGGUGCAUCUUCUGCUUCUCAGGUAG